AUGGAGCAGCGGGUACGGCUGGCAAAGCAAUGGGUGGCGAACACUAGCAAUAGCCAUGAGCUGACCCACGGGCUCGGCGGCGUCCUUUUAUAUGAAGACAUAUGGAAUGUUAGGAUCCAUUUUGACAAUAAUGAUCUGUUAGAGAGGAAAUUAAGCUCUUCAGAUGUGACAUAUCUAAAUAUGGUUGCAUUGAUGGAAACCCAAGGCUUUAGUAUUGAUGAUUCACUGAUGUUUUACAUGGAGACCCCAGGAGAGCAGGGCUUGGAAUUGGUUGAUAGUAAUGUUAAACUACAGUUGAUCAAGAGGCAGAAUGAGGAGAGUUUGGUGCUUAAUUUGCUAUUUAGGGCUUGUCCACCAGCUGUCAGUGUACCACAGAAGGGUUUUGUACGGAAGCAAAAUUUAGAUAUAACUGAAUAUUCUGAGCCUGUUGUUUUUGAUCUUGCCGAUCCUCCUGUUUAUGCUGUUGAUCAUCAAGGUGUUGCUUAUGAAGGUCAGAGUAGCAGUUAUAUUGCAGCUGUAGGCCCUACUGUUUUAACACAAGAGAGCAGGAGUGUUCUAAAUCCCAAGUUAAAAGAAGUUGUGGAAGAAGAACAAGUUGGCUAUGAUGGCAGUUAUGCAUGUUCAUCUGAAGGAUCUGAAGGGCAGUAUGAUAGUGACAUGGGGGAUUUAAGGCCUAACUAUAAUGAGGAAAUGCAUGAUGUUGAAGACAUGGAGAUGGAAGAGGAAAAUAGACAGAGAGAGGAAGAAGUACAAGAGCAACAUGAGGAAGAAACAGAGGAUGAAGAAUCAGAAGAAGAAUUAGAGGAUGAAGAACAAGUGCAUUAUGAGGGUGACACAGAGGUAGAGGAAUUAUUUGAGUUGGAGGAUGAUGACCCUAUUGUUCCAGAAGAGGAGGAAAAAAUAUAUGUGCCAGCAAAGAAGAAGCAGAAGUUGCAAGUAAGGAGGGGACCAACAACAAGGUCACAUUCCAGUGUUUUAGAAGAAGUGCAACCUGAUUGGAAACCAUCAUCAGAUGAAGAAGAUGAUAGUUUAUUGAAGGACAGUGAAGAUGAUGGGUUUGAGCCACUAGCAUUUGUGAUACCUCAAAAAAGGAAGAGUAGGGCAAAGAAGAGGCCAGCUAGAGUAUGGUACAAUGAGGAUUUGGAACAACCACACCAACAACUAAAACUGCAUAUGUGCUUCAAAGAUCAACAUCAAUUCAGAGAUGCUCUGUUGAGCUUGCACAUCACUCAGUGCAGAGACUUCAAGUAUCACAGGAACUCAGAUCAGAGGAUCAUUGUGCAUUGCAAGAAUGAACAUUGUAAGUUCUGCAUUGUGGCAGCUGUUAUAAAAGGGGAAAACACUUUUGUAAUUAAGAAGAUGAGGAUACAACACACCUGCCCUAGUUCUACUGAAACAAGCAGGGUAAGUGCAAAGUGGCUUGCAAAGCAAUAUGAGCCACUAUUCAGAUCUGAUGUCAGUACUAGCAUACAUACACUUAUUGAUGCCUGCAUGGAAAAGUAUGGUGUGGAUGUGCCCAAGGCUAUGGCAUAUAGGGCAAAAAACUUAGCUGUUGAGGCUGUGUUGGGAGAUCAUAGGAAGCAAUACCCAAGGCUGAGAGACUAUGCUCAGACUGUGAUGGAUACAAACCCUGGGAGUAGAGUUAUAGUCACCACUGUAACUCCAAAAUCCACUGAAAAAAUCCCACAUCCAGGACCAAGAUUCCAUGCCAUGUUUUACUGCAUCAAUGGAGCAAGGGAGGGAUUUCUACAGGGCUGUAGACCAUUCAUUGGUAUUGAUGGAUGUUUUAUCAAGCUGACCACUGGUGCACAAAUCCUUGCUGCCACUGGUAGAGAUGGCAAUAACAACAUAUACCCACUGGCAUUUGGCAUUGUUGGACAAGAGGACAAAGCAAACUGGUGCUGGUUUCUACACCAACUGAAGAUUUGUCUUGGAGGAGAAGUUGGACAGUAUGGUCCAUAUACUAUAAUGUCAGACAGACAGAAGGGGCUAUUAUAUGCAGUGAAUAGAGUUUUUCCUAACAGUCAUCAAAGAUUCUGCUUAAGACACAUAUAUGCAAACUUCCAGAAUGCUGGCUUUAGGGGGGAGGACCUUAAGAAGUGCAUGGAUAAUGCCAGUUAUGCAUAUAAUGAACACAAAUUUAAUAAAGCAAUGGAUGAUCUCAAAGCUGAGAGUGUGGAAGCUUGGCAGUGGCUUAGUGCAAUACCCAAGAAAACAUGGGCUAGGCAUGCAUUUGACACAAAUAGCAAGACUGACUUGGUUGUCAACAAUUUGUCAGAGGUGUUUAACAAGUACAUCCUAGAUCAUAGGGAAAAACCAAUAAGAACUAUGUGUGAUGGCAUAAAGGAUAAGCAGAUGGUUAGGUGGCACAGGAAUAGAGAGAGUGGAAGGGAAGCUAGAUGGGAGAUCACACCACAUUACAGUGAGAAGUUGGAGAUUGAAAAGGAAAGGGCCAGAAAGUGGGACCUCAGUGGUUUGAUGCCACUGCUGCUACAAUGUGAUUUAUUUUGGUUUGAUGCCACUGCAGCAACUGUUGCUGAUGAUACAUUGUGCUUUGUUUUGCUUUGA